AUGAGGAUAGGCUGCUUGCAGUUCGCUCCCCAGGUUGGCGAUGUCCAUAAUAACCUCAACCGCGCGGACUCUGUCUUGAGCAAGGCGAGCCCGGACGACUUGGAUUUGUUGGAUUUGCUUGUCCUGCCAGAACUGGCUUUCACUGGCUACAACUUCAAGUCGCUACAACAAAUAUCGCCCUUUCUUGAGCCUUCUGGGUCAGGCAUCAGCUCUCUCUGGGCUCGCACGACUGCUCUCAAGUACAACACUACCGUUGUCGUUGGUUAUCCUGAGAAGGUAGAUGUGGCUCAAAGAUGGCCUACGUCCCCCGAGUACUACAACUCCGCAAUCGUUGUCAGCGGAGAAGGUGAAACGAUUGCGAAUUACAGAAAGUCUUCAUUGUACAUGGUUGAUGAAACAUGGGCGCUCGAGGGCCAAGGCUUCUUCGGCGGAUAUCUUCCCGGACUCGGCCACACCGCAAUAGGCAUUUGCAUGGACAUCAAGUAA